AGCCAGAGGGCAGGAUGGAAGAUGCCUAUCCUCCUCAUACUGUGCCUGCUGCAGGGUUCUGCUUUGGCCCCUCCACACGGAAGACCCCGUCUCAGGUGGCUGUGGGAUGGCUCUCUCCCCUCUGGGCCCACCCUCUGGGCCAAGGAAACACGCCCGGUUUUCUCACCCCUUUGCUGGAGGGAGGAGUGAUCCAUCCCAGCUGCAAAUGCGUUGAAGGGCCCGAGGCUGGUGUCUGGGGAGCCUGGGGGAGCUGUCACCAUCCAGUGCCAUUACCCACCCUUCUCCAUCAACAGCCACCCGAGGAAGUACUGGUGCCGCCUAAGCCCCCUGACGUGGGCCUGCCACACCAUCGUGUCCACCAACCGCUACACUCACCGUCGCUACCGUGGCCGUGUGGUCCUAAGAGACUUCCCACAAAGAGGCUUGUUUGUGGUGAGGCUCUCCCAGCUGUCCCCGGAGGAUGUGGGGCACUACCGCUGUGGCAUUGGAAACACAAACAACAUGCUGUUCUUCAGCAUGAACCUGACCAUCUCUGCAGGUCUUUCCAGAACCAUCCCCGCAGCCACUCUGGCUGCUGGUGAGCUCAUCACGGGAUCCUUUGUGACAGUAUCACCAGUGGCCAACAGACGGACACCAGGAACUAUCCAGACUAUAGAGAGACAAGGGACAGGAUGGGACAGAGUUGCUCUGACUCUAGGAACCAGCAAAACCACAGCUUCAGCUAAGGGAAGACAAACCCCAGGAGCAACUGGGGUAGUAGCUCCAGGGACAGGCAGCCAGCUAGAGGGUUCCAUUUGGGCAACCAUCCCCACUCCGCAGAGUCCAGCUUCAGCCAUCAGAGGUGUGUCCAAUACAACAGAAGGUGAUCGAGAGUGGAGCACCAGAAGUUUGGAAGCAAACAGGGCUAGGGCCAGCAAAAGAGAGAGGGAAACAACUACUGGGACUGAUAGGCAAAGAGAGGACACAGAGAGGGUCAGAAUAGCCCCAGACACAGCUGAGAAGGUCAUGGUGACCAUUAGGCCAUCAACCCUGAUCUCAGAAAAAUGGAUGUGGGAAACCCUCCAAGAAGAAAUGUCGGUUUCUAAGCCACAAGCCCUGCGCUCCAUUGAAGGAACCAACCCAGUUGCAGCUGUGUGGACCUUGGAGCCAACCAGCAUAGAGAUGGCAUCUGCGGAAGGAAGCAGUGAAGGAGACCUAGACACCCCUGCUGGAGACAGUGGUCCCCAAGUGACGCCAAGCCAGGCCCUGGCAGCAAGGCCCCUCAGGCCCCUGGGCAAGGACUCCCACGUGAAGAGUGCUUCUCUGGAAGAGAAAAACAUCUCUCGGAUGCUGACUCCAGUCUCUUCGGUGCUGUGUCCGCUUAUGCUGACGGCUCUUGUUAUGCUGAGAAGGAAGCUCCAGAGAAAGAGGAGCUCUCAGGAGACAGAAAGGUCAUCAGGGGUCACCUUGAUUCAGAUGACACCGUUCCCGGAGCUGAGCCUCCAGCCAGACCAGCUUCCCCAGGUGGAAAGGGAAAUGCUCCAGGAUGACCCUCCUCCUCUCCAUGCCAGCCUGAGCAUCCCGGAGAGGGACCCUGGACCCCGAGGAAUGGAAGGAUAA